AUGAGAAAAAUUUUAGUCAUGAAGCUUCUUUAUACGAUAAUUGUUCUUGGUAGCUUAGUAAUCAUAGCCAAAGCUCAAAGGCCAUUAAACACAACUACAAAUUUGACAUCUGUUCUUACGGAACCUUUCUUCGUUAAGCCAACAAGUGUGUCAACGAAACAGAUUUAUCCAGGGCCUGAGCAGAGGGGAGGCGGAGGCUCAACAUAUUAUUCAAGUGUACAUGAUACGCCAGGAAUUCGAAAUAAAGAACGAUUGGCAUCCCCGCAUCCAAAUUCCCAUUUAGACAUUUUCAUUCCGCCAUUGAACACUGUUGUUGGCGGACAACAAUCUGCACCACAAAUUCCAGCACCCAAUAAUCGUCUUCAUAAAGUUCAGAAAGGUCGAAAUAAGUUCAACGAUCUAAGGGCUUUGAUGAAAAACUCAAAUGGCACGAGAUAUUUUGAAUCACACAGCAUUGGUAAGAAAGUCAGCAAACCCGAGCCACGCGUACAACCAACAGAUGACUCCGACUCGAAAGAUGUUAGUCGACCAUCGUCAAAAGGCGAAGCAAUUCAAAAGAUUAAAGAUCUGCAAAGACUUCAAGAUAAUCAACACACACCUUCACCUCCAUCAUACAACAUCGAUGACAUCGACUUCGAUGAGAAAUUGGGUGUGAAAUGUUCAUUUGAGAAGCCAUGUGCUUGGACAUUUGAUAAAGACGUCAUCGGUGAGAAUUUUAAAGUCACAACUGGUGUCAUGUUGAAGGAAUCAAAUGUUACAGGUGUAACGCCAGGUCCACAAGCUGAUCACUUAAAUGACGCUAAUGGUCAUUUCUUGCAUUUACAUUUGACAUCUGAAACUGGAACAAGAAUUUUAAAGUCGCCAGUGUUCAGUUCAACGAGAGAGAAAUGUUACUUGGAAGCGUUUCUUCAUCAAAGCUCAAUGUUUAAAGGUUCGAUAAGAAUUGUUAUUGAACCAGUAGCAUCGAAAGAGAAUUCUUGGGUGCCAGCUGAAAUCAUGGGCGAUGAUUUACGUAAAUGGAAAUAUCACACAUUCGACAUCGAUCGUGUGUCAAAAGACUUUCGAAUACUUUUUGAAAUCGUUCCAAACAAUAUCAAUGGCGCACUGCGUGGUCAUGUCAGCAUUGACAAUCUUAAAAUGAGAAAUUGUUUUGCUGAUUCACCACGAAAAGAUUCUUGUAGUUUAUCACAAAUCAAAUGUAAUGAAAGUCGAAUUCCUGUUUGUAUUGAAAAUGCUCGCAUCUGUGACUUAGUUGAAGAUUGUGAUGAGAUUGAAGAUGAAUUGUUGAAUUGCGAUAAAAUUCCGUUUGGUGGUCGAUGCAAUUUUGAGAAUGGUUGGUGUGGGUGGCAAAAUUCUGGAAAGGCAAUUAUGGAAUGGACACGUCACAAAGGCCCCACACCAACAGAGAAGACUGGCCCGGAAUUCGAUCACACAUUUCAACAUACCAACAUGUCUGGUUAUUACAUGUUUGUAAAUAUGAAUCAACAUGCAAGUGAUCCCGAGAAAACAGGCUUAGCUGGCUUUGCAAGCAACGCAGUUAUGAAUUCGGUGAUUUUUAACCCGCCACCACCAUGCCACUCAAACUCAAGUUCACCUUAUCGCAACACUUGCAUGGCGAGACUUUUCGUUCAUCAAUUCGGAAUGAAUGCUGGAAGCUUCAACAUUUCAGUGGUUGAAUUGAAAGCAAAGGAAAAUAUCACCACAACUUUAUGGUGGUCAUCGAAAAACAUCGGUGACAAAUGGCAUCGAGUUGAAGUUGUUCUUCCAAACAUAACAUCGAAAUAUUUCUUGCAAGUUGAAGCGAGAAAGGGAAUGAGAAUUUAUAGUGAUGUUGCUAUUGAUGACUUCUCGAUGAGUCCUGAAUGUUUCGGCUUUAACAUUCCAUCAGAACAUUUAGGAAAUUAUAAUUAUUGGGAUCCAAGAAUUGGAAUUUAUAAGAAGCCAUACGUUGACUUCAUUGAUAAGAAAUAUUAUGAAUUGUCUACUUGUGGAGCUCGAGGCAUUCACGGUCCAACACCCGACGAUUGCUUGAAAUCAUACAACAACACCGACAUAAUUAAUCACGUGCGUGUUUCUGAAAAGGCUCCAUUCAAAGGCGUUCAGAUUUGGAAGGUUCCCAGUGAAGGAUAUUACACAAUAAUCGCGAAAGGAAGUGGUGGUGGCCUCGGUUCGGGUGGCGUCUCAUCAUCUCGUGGUGCAAUUGUCAGCUCCGUCAUUGAACUACAUAAAGAUGAAGAAAUUUACGUGCUUGUCGGUCAAAGUGGUGAACAUGCUUGCAUAAAGUCAAUGGGCUUUCAAGACGAAUCAUGUUCAACACCAAAUGCAAAAGCUCCUGAACAACUUCCAAAGCUACACCUUGUUAAAGACAUUUACAUAGAAAAUGGAGGCGGUGGAGGCGGAGGCGCGUCGUUUGUUUUCUUAUUGAAUCAAGUAAACAAGGCUGUUCCUUUGAUGGUGGCAGGAGGUGGAGGGGGUCUUGGAAUAGGACGUUAUUUAGAUGAUGAUGUGCAACAAGCGCGUGGUGUUACAACUGAGAGAGGUGACACGAGUGGUCAAGUACAAAUUGAUAAUUUUGAUAUAAUGCCAGCCGGGCCAGGUGGUGGAUGGCGAGCAAAGCAAGAUGCAGCUUUAGAUCCACAUUUUGGUGCUUCUUUAUUGGAAGGUGCCCGUGGUGGUAUGGCUUGUUAUAAAACAUCUGGAAAGCAUGGCUUCGGGGGAUUUGGUGGAGGUGGCGGCGGUUGUGACACUGGCGGAGGUGGUGGCGGUUAUGCUGGUGGCGAUUCAAUGAUAAAUUCGACAAAUGGAGAGGGUGGAUCCUCAUUCUUAGGCCUAACUAGAAGUAUUCGUGAAUUGUCGUUCAUUUAUCCCGGGUCGAAUAGCGGUCACGGUUCAGUUAUCUUAAUUCCUGCUAUUGAAGGAUGUGGUUGUGAUUAUCGUUGUGUAGCACUCGACGAAUAUCGAUCGCUUGUCGCUUGUAUCUGUCCUGAGGGAUGGCGUUUAAAAUCAGAUAAUUUUACAGCAUGCGAAUUCAUAGAUGAAUCAUCGCCGAAUGACAUAUUGGUGUAUCUUCUUAUUUUUAUAACAACUGUAUUGGCUAUUUCAUUAGUUUUCUUAUUUAUGAUGUUGUAUAAUCGUUUCCAAAGACGACGACAAGCUGCAAUGCGCUCAAAAAUGCUUCACGAGCAAGAUGUGCAAUUGAGUCGAUUGAGAGCAACAGCUGAUGAUUCAGCAUUAACGAACUUUAACCCCAGUUACGGUUGUGAAGGGAUCUUAAAUGGAGGAAGUGUUGACGUAAAAAGUUUACCACAAGUGGCACGAGAAAGUUUACAUGCACCGCCGGGAUGUCCAUCAGCCAUUUACAGAAUCAUGGCAGAAUGCUGGAAUCCAACACCAGAACAACGUCCGACAUUCUCAACACUCUUGGAAAGAUUGACAGCAUGCACUCAAGAUCCUGACAUCAUGAACUCACCAUUGCCAAGUUUCUUUCGUCCACCGUCAAUGGAACGCGACACAACCAUAAUGAGACCUUCAAAUGAAGAUUUUUGUCUUCAAGUUCCGAACUCUUCCGACUAUUUGAUUCCAUUGCCUGACUCGAGAGCGAUUGCAGAACGUUUGUUGACUGAAGCGACAGGCGUCACUAUACCUGAUACUCUCUCCACCUACACAUUGACAAAUUCACAUAAAAUGCCAGAACAGAAUUGUUGGGAAACUUCAUUUUCAAAGCCAAAGUUGUGUAGUAAUGACAGCAUGGAGGAUCGUUUGAUAAGUUUGGAUACUCCACAUCAAACUCCAACAACCAUCGAUCCACCACAGCCAUUCUGCAAUAGUCCAGUUCAAAGUAUGCCAUCCAAUAUGAAUAAAGCAAACUCAAAUGCAAUAACUCUUGAUCCCGCUGCAUUACAACAAGGAUAUGCUAAUGUGAAAAUGCUCAACACGACAAAUGUCGACAAGAUGGAGACCGACAUGUCAAAAUAUAAUGGAAAUGUGAAUAAUAAUAAUAAUAAUAACAUUAAUAACAUCAACAAUAUGCCGAAAGAUAAGAAUGCAAACCAGCCAUUCUCAAUACAAGGUUACAGUGAAAAUCAUUCGGAAAUAAGCUGUUAA